AUGUCUGGUCCAACUCCGGAGACACCGCAUAGCGAGAAAGAUGCCUGGACGCCAACAACAGAGAGCACGAUGAGCACGAGCGCGACACUGAACGACCGCUCGCGGACGGAUUUGGGCGACCUAAAGACGGCCGACGGCACCUUCAAGGGGCCAAGCGACACGCCCCUCACGGCGACCGAGGGAGAUAUUGCCGAGAAGACUAACGGAGCUGUCACGGAGAAGCUGCCAAAUGGAGACCUGGCCUACAGCACGCCGAAUGGCAACGGCGUGCUCAAGGCAGAUGGGGAGGGCGGGUACACCAUGACGAACGCAGACCUCGCCGCGCUCGAGGCACAGGAUAAGGCGAACCAUAUCGGGCAUUGGGACGGGAAUCCGCACCAUCCCCACGAGGACGAUCAUGCCGAUGAAGAGGGGGUUAGGGAACGCGAUGGCACGGUCGUCACGUUCCCCGAUGGAGGGUGGAGGGCGUGGCUUGUCGUGCUUGGAGCGGGGCAUACGCUGUUCUGCACCUUUGGGUUUGUUGACUACUACACGCACAAGUUUCCCGAGCAGAGUGCUUCCACCAUCGGCUGGAUCGGAUCGAUGCAGUACCUCCUCAUCUUCCUUCCCUCAGUCGUCAUGGGUCGGCUAGUGGACCAAGCCCGCUUCCUGCCAUACUUCUGGACCGCCUCGCUCCUCUACCCCUUCAGCAUCAUCAUCACGGCCGAAGUGACCGCGUUCUGGCAAGCGAUCCUGUCCCACGGCAUUCUCUUCGGUUUCUCAGUCGGACUCCUCUUCUGCCCCGCCGUGGCCGUGACGGCGCAGUGGUUCCACCGCCGUCGCGCCUUUGCUCUCGGUUUGGUCGCCGUGUGCUCCAGUCUGGGCGGAACCGUGUUCCCCAUCCUCGUGAGCCGCUGCAUGCGCCUCGUCGGGUUCAAGUGGACGAUGCGUAUCUCGGGCCUGCUCGUGCUGUACUGCACGCUGUUUGCGUCGUGCGUGCUGAGGACGAGACUGCCGCCGAAAUCCGCGCCGGGCGGAGUCCUCAACCUCCGCGCGUUCAAGAUGCCCUACUGGUCCUUCUGGGUCGCGUCGUGCUUCUUCAUCCAGGCGGGGCUGUACACGCCCCUCUCCUUCCUCGACGUGAUGGGCAAGAGCCUCGGCCUGGGCGAUUACAGCGUGUACCUGAUCAGUAUCGCGAACGCGGGCAGUCUCCUCGGCCGCAUCGGCCCCGCCUACAUCGCCGACAAGUGGGGCAGCGUCAACUUCCUCAUCCCCGGGCUGGUGUGCAGCAUGGUCACGACGUUUGCGUGGCCGUACGCGACCUCCAAGGGGUCAUUGACUGCUGUGGCGGUCAUCAACGGUAUAUUCCAGGGAUGCUUCGUGUCCCUCGUCGCGCCCGCCAUUGGCGCACUCGGAAGCGUCGAGGAUAACGGGCGAAGGUUUGGGACGUGCAACACCAUCAUGGCGUUUGGAUCACUCCUGAACGCGCCCGUGUGCGGCGCCAUUCUGGAGGCGACCAGCUUCCAUCAGGUCAGCUACUAUGCUGGCAGCAUGCUGGGCGCCGGUAUCGUGCUCAUGACGAUAUCGAGGUCGCUGUUCUUGAAGAAGUUCUGGGGAAGGAUCUAG